AAAUGGCUGAAGAAAAACUUGUAGAAUGGUGAAAGGGGGGCGGAGGGGAGACAUGACAUACUCACGGUUUCGCCAGGGGCAUUGGGGACAGGGCGCGUCAUUGGGGCAAGGUUGUUUUUUUGUCUUCUUGUACUUUAUUGGGUUCUUUGUGUGUCUAGCGAUACCAGUCUUGGUCUGAUGGUAGAAGUCUGUCAAUAGACGUCAGCGUAUGAAGUUUUUGGUGCUGAAUGGGUAUGAGUGAGUGAGAUGAGAGGGAGCGUGAUCAUAGACGGAGGACAAUUACACACGAAGGCUCCCUUGGACCCCUCAAUGAAUCAAUUAGCCAGGAAGGGAGUUUGGAGUCUUGCAUUCAUUCCACUGAAGGACCCUCGGCAUCUGGUCCGGCUCGGAAGGGCAUCCGACAUCGCUCUGCUCGGGAUCGGGAUUAUGUAAGGGACAGGGUCCCACUUAUGACAUCACUCGGUCCGACAUUAAGCGGCCGGUGCCUGUGUUUUAGUCUCCGGCUCGGACCAAGGACCCUGUGCCCCACAGCGUCCAGAAUCGUGGAAAUUAACGGGCAAUUCGCUCCUUUCUCAUCCCGUCCCUCUCGCUCUCUCCCCUACCCUCAAACAUCCCUCUCACACACCACACAACAUACACCCAGCGCCCGACGUAGCGCAGCCGAAAGAUGCAACCCGCACGACUGACCUUCCUGUACCCACACUUGUUCCGGACGAUACGAGUCGCCGACGGCACCGCAGCCGCAAACGCCUCCAGAUCAUCAUCAUCGUCACCAUGCCGUAGGCGGGCGACCGCCGAGGUGCGGCGACGGGGGUACGCCGCGUUCGCCCCGACGCCGGGGGCGCAACAGUCCGGCUUCGCGCCGCGGCACGGAAAGGGCAUCGAGCCCGCGACGACAAUGACGAAGGCGACGACGACGACGACGGUGGCAAGUCCCGGGCAGGCGGCGGUGGGUGCGUCCAAGGGGGAUACCGACGACGGGCUGGAUCCGCAGGGCGGCCAGAGCGCGGCGACGAAGAAGACUAUGGCAUCUUCCCCGCCGCCGCCAUCGCUGUCGCCAUCAUCAACGCCGUCGCAGACGUCGUCGCAGACGGGGGAAGCGGAAGAGGCGGACGAGGCCAAGGCGGCGAAGCAGGAGGCGCGGGACCAGGCGAAGAAGAGCGGGCCGCUCGAGGCGAUCCUGCACAUGGGCCCGCCCGAGGAGGUGGCGAAGCAGCACCCGCCCAUGUCGCCGACGCCGUACGUGCACCACUUUGACAGCUACUCGCUCGUCAAGGACCUGGAGCGCGGCGGGUACAGCAAGGAGCAGAGCAUCACGCUGAUGAAGGCGAUCCGGGCGAUCCUGGCGCAGAACCUGGACGUGGCGCAGGAGAGCCUCGUGAGCAAGAGCGACGUGGAGAACGAAACGUACCUCUUCCGUGCGGCGUGCUCUGAGCUGAGCACCGAGGUCAGGAACAACCAGAAGCUGGCGGACGAGGAGAUGCGGCAAAAGCGGACGCUGCUGCAGCACGAGGUGGACAUCCUGACGCAGAGCCUCAACCAGGAGCUGCUGACGCUCAACGACAACGUCCGUGGCAUGUUCAACGACCGCAAGAUGGCGGUGCGGGAGGAGCAGAAGGCGGGCGACAGCGUGAUCCAGCAGAUCAACUACAAGAUCAGCCUGCACCUCAGCAGCGACGCCAAGUCGGAGAUCGAGGGCCUACGGUGGAUCCUGAUCCGGCGGUCGGUGAUCGGGAUCCUGUUCAUGGCGGUGCUGACGCUGGGGACGCUGCGGUACGGGACGUACGUGAGCCACGCGAAGCAGGCCGAGGCGGACCGGGUGCAGAAGCAAGCCGAGAUGAUCAAGAUGGCGGACGGGAAGCGCGAUCACAGCUCCGCGCCGGACGCGGCGGAGAUCUUAGCGGCGAACUAGUCGCUGAGGGUGAGUGUGGGGUGGGGGUUCGACGAUGCGUCGGAGACUUUU